CCUUAAUCCUCAAUUGUAUAAGUUGUAAGUCCCUCUGGAUAAGUGUGUCUGCUAAAUGCCUGUAAUGUAAAUGAUCCAGUGUGUUUUUACCAUUCAAUAAAUCGAUGCUGUUUGUUAGAUGUACCAGUAGAUGGCAGAGCUACAUAACGCAUCUAAGUGGGAAGUGAGUAGAAUUUAAAACAGUGACGUUGCUUGGUAAUAGACUUGAUUUACUGGUUUGUACACUUGCAGAACACUUCCUGAUGUUUCUCCGAGUCAGAUUCGUGUGUUUGUAUCAUCAGAUACUUGCUUUGUUGUUGGGAUACAUGUGGAAGUUUGGAGGAGCUCUGGCUUGUUUCUCAUGUGAGAUAGAAGACUGAUCGUCCUGCCAUCAUGAGGGCAUGUGGGAAAGGUGCUCUCUGCUUCCUGCUCCUGCUUGGUCUGAUCCAGACACCGCUGUGUGUGACAGCUGGGAAAAUCCUCAUCUGGCCUUCAGAAUUCAGUCACUGGAUUCACAUGAAAACAAUCAUAGAUGAGCUUAUAACAAGAGGACACAGUGUGACCAUAGUUACCCACAGUGCUACACCGUUUCUACUGAAAGACCAGUCUCUCAGCUACAACAUGGAGAUCAUACAGGUGCCUCACACCAAGAAGGACAUUAUGAACAACUUUGACAGGAUUUUAAAGUCUUGCGUGUAUGACAUACCAAAAAUCAACAUGAUACAAGGUUUUUUGAAGCUUACUGAAGGCAUGGACAUUAUGACGGAGCAGAAUAAAGCAUUGUGUAGAGAACUUUUUGCACGUGAAGAUCUGCUGGAGAAGUGGAGAAAGGAAAAGUUUGAUGUGCUUCUGACAGAUCCUGUGACCGUAUGUGGUGAACUGCUUGCACAGAAGCUCAAUCUGCCCUUCGUCAUGAGUACGAGGCCAUUUUUUGCUAAUUUUAUGGAGCGACACUGUGGGCAGCUGCCGGCUCCACCGUCCUAUGUUCCUGCAUUUGGCAUAGGCUAUACAGAUCACAUGGAUUUCCUGCAGAGAGUGAAAAAUAUUUUGUUUAUUGCCUUUCAUGAUAUAGUGGUUAAUCACAUGAUGAUGGCAAAAUGGGAUCCCUUCUUUACAGAAAUCAUGGGCAAACCCACAACACUAUGUGACACCAUGAGCAAAGCUGACAUCUGGUUGAUCCGAACUUACUGGGACUUUGAAUAUCCACGCCCGUUCCUCCCAAACUUUAAAUUUGUUGGUGGAUUACACUGCAAAUCUGCAAAACCUCUACCAAAAGACAUGGAGGACUUUGUCCAGAGCUCAGGAGAUGAUGGUAUUGUUGUGUUUUCACUGGGGUCCAUGAUAAAAAACCUCACUAAAGAGAGAGCGGACACCAUUGCUUCAGCACUCGGACAGAUUCCCCAAAAGGUCUUGUGGCGAUACACAGGUGAGAAACCAGAAACUCUUGCUCCUAAUACAAGACUCUAUGACUGGAUUCCUCAGAAUGAUUUACUAGGACAUCCUAAAACCAAGGCCUUCAUCACCCAUGGUGGGACUAAUGGAAUAUACGAAGCUAUUUAUCAUGGAGUUCCCAUGGUGGGCCUGCCGCUGUUUGCUGAUCAGCCUGAUAAUCUAAAUCACAUGAAAACCAAAGGAGCUGCUGUGAUGCUUGACUUCAACAAAAUGAGAACCGAGGACUUAAAGCAGGCUCUCGAUGACGUCAUUAACAAUACAUCGUACAAGGAGAGCAUAAUGAGACUAUCCCGAAUCCACCACGACCAACCGAUGAAGCCGCUAGACCAGGCCGUGUACUGGAUCGAGUAUGUGAUGCGCAAUAAGGGGGCCAAGCACCUGAGGGUUGAAGCCCAUAACCUCACGUGGUAUCAGUACCACUGCUUGGACGUUGCUGCCUUUUUGCUUUCUGUAAUUGCAUUAGUCGUGUUCAUCUUUGUGACAACAUGCAGAUUGCUAUUCCGGAAAUGUUGCAGAAAGACCUCAGCAAAGAGCAAGAAAGAUGGUCUGCCUCGUGUUGCCUGCCUGUUUAUCGUUGUUUCACGUGUGAGAUGGAAGGCUGAUCGUCCUGCCAUCAUGAGGUCAUGUGGGAAAGAUGCUUUCUGCUUCCUGCUCCUGCUUGGUCUGAUUCAGACACCGUUGUGUGUGACAGCUGGGAAAAUUCUCAUCUGGCCAGGAGAAUUCAGUCACUGGCUUUACAUGAAAACAAUCAUGAAUGAGCUUAUAGCAAGAGGACACAGUGUGACCAUCAUUACCCACAGUGCUACACCAUUUCUACUGAAAGACCAGUCUCUGGGCUACAACAUGGAGAUCAUACAGGUGCCGUACAUCACAAAGGACGUUACUGACAACAAUGAAAAGAUUUUGAAGUACUGGAUAUAUGACUUUCCAAGUACCAGGAUCCAAGCUUUUUUAAAUCUUGCUGAAUCACUUGACAUUAUGAUGGAGCAGAAUAAAGCGUUAUGCAGGGAGCUUUUUGCACGUGAAGAUCUGCUGGAGAAGUGGAGAAAGGAAAAGUUUGAUGUUCUUCUCACAGAUCCUGUAACUUUAUGCGGCGAAUUGCUUGCACAGAAGCUCAAUCUGCCCUUCGUCAUCUGUGUCAGACCCUUUUAUAUUAUGGAGCGACACUGUGGGCAGCUUCCAGCUCCACCGUCCUAUGUUUCUGCAUCUACCCUGGGCUAUACAGAUCGCAUGGAUUUCCUGCAGAGAGUGAAAAAUGUUUUGUUUACUUUCUUUCAAGAUUUAAUGAUUAAUAUUAUGAUCGUGGUGAAAUGGAAUCCCCUCUUUACAGAGGUCAUGGGCAAACCCACAACACUAUGUGACACCAUGAGCAAAGCUGACAUCUGGUUAAUCCGAACUUACUGGGACUUUGAAUAUCCACGGCCGCUCCUCCCAAACUUUAAAUUUGUUGGUGGAUUACACUGCAAACCUGCAAAACCUCUACCAAAAGACAUGGAGGACUUUGUCCAGAGCUCAGGAGAUGAUGGUAUUGUGGUGUUUUCACUUGGGUCCAUAAUAAAAAACCUCACCAAAGAGAGAGCGAACACCAUCGCUUCAGCACUCGGACAGAUUCCCCAAAAGGUCUUGUGGCGAUACACAGGUGAGAAACCAGAAACUCUUGCUCCUAAUACAAGACUCUAUGACUGGAUUCCUCAGAAUGAUUUACUAGGACAUCCUAAAACCAAGGCCUUCAUCACCCAUGGUGGGCUUAACGGAAUAUACGAAGCUAUUUAUCAUGGAGUUCCCAUGGUGGGCCUGCCGCUGUUUGCCGAUCAGCCUGACAAUGUAAAUCACAUGACAGCUAAAGGAGCUGCUGUGAUGCUUGACAUUAACAAAAUGGACUCCAAGGACUUGAAGCAGGCUCUCGAUGAUGUCAUGAACAAUCCGUCCUACAAGGAGAGCAUGAUGAGACUAUCCCGCAUCCACCACGACCAACCCAUGAAGCCGCUAGACCGAGCUGUCUUUUGGAUCGAGCAUGUGAUGCGCAAUAAGGGGGCCAAGCACCUGAGGGUUGAAGCCCAUAACCUCACGUGGUAUCAGUACCACUGCUUGGACGUUGCUGCCUUUUUGCUUUCUGUAAUUGCAUUAGUCGUGUUCAUCUUUGUGAAAACAUGCAGAUUGCUCUUCCGGAAAUGUUGCAGAAAGACCUCAGCAAAGAGCAAGAAAGAGUGAAGCAUCUGUAUAUGAAUGUGUUAAUAAUUACUGUGAUGUUUUGACAUAUAUUUUAGGAAUAAAGCACUAUGUUAAAUGUA